UUUAAAUUAUUACACUUAUGUUGAAUUAUUCUCAAAUGAAAAGAUUUCGACAAAUUUUAUCCUUGAGAAAAGCCUUAGCCUAUUUUAGUUUUCCCCUUUCCCAAGUUUUUCUAAAUUUGGUAAGUGGUAACUGCAUAUACCCUAACAAAACCCUGAAUUUGCAAAUAAAAACCCAAAAACCCAGCAGACCAAGAGCCACAGAAGCAAGUGAAAACAAGAAAUUCAGAAAAAUGGCAAGCAACCAAGCCGCAGUCACUUUGUUAACCAACCUCGCACGCGUUGCGUUGGGUCUCGGGGCUGCUACUACUGUCCUCAACGCCUCCAUGUACACCGUGGACGGUGGCCAAAGAGCGGUCAUCUUUGACCGUGUAAGGGGGGUUUUGGAUAAAACGGCCGAUGAAGGAACCCACCUUUUGGUCCCAUGGCUCCAGAAGCCUUUCAUCUAUGAUAUCCGCAUGAAGCCCCACACUUUCUCAUCUGUUUCUGGAACUAAAGAUCUCCAGAUGGUUAAUCUUACUCUUCGAGUGCUUUCUAGACCUAAGGUGGAUAACCUUCCUGAAAUCUAUCAACACCUUGGUCUAGAGUAUGAUGAGAAGGUGCUUCCCUCCAUUGGCAAUGAGGUCUUGAAAGCUGUGGUUGCACAGUUCAAUGCUGAUCAGCUUCUCACUGAGCGUCCCAAAGUGUCAGCACUCGUCCGAGAUUCACUGACAGAGCGUGCAAGGGACUUUAACAUUGAGCUAGAUGAUGUGGCAAUUACACAUUUGUCAUAUGGCACUGAAUUCUCGAAAGCAGUGGAGCAGAAGCAGGUGGCACAGCAGGAGGCAGAAAGGUCGAAGUACAUUGUGGCGAAGGCAGACCAGGAGAUGAGAGCUGCUAUCAUCCGGGCAGAAGGUGAAAGUGAAGCUGCAAAGUUAAUUUCUGAAGCAACUUCGAAGGCUGGUAUGGGUCUGAUUGAGCUAAGGAGGAUUGAGGCAUCAAGGGAAAUUGCUGCAACUCUUGCUAGGUCACCUAAUGUGACAUACGUGCCUGAUGGAGACAACAUGCUUUGGGCUAUAAAUCAAUCUAGGCCAUGAUGAUUGUUUGAAUGAUGGUAAUUUCCAUUACCUCUAUAUGUUGCAUUCAUUAGCAGUCAUUAUUACUUCCUUAUCAUGUUGGUGCCAAUUUUUUGGCAGAAAAUGAAUAAUGUUUUCCUUGUGUUAAGCAAGGAGAUUGUUUUCUUUUAUCUUUUUUGGGGGAAUUGUGAAAUUUUUUGUUUGCUACACAUAUUGCUGAUUUGAUUGAAAUCAGUAAGGGACAUUUAGGUUUUCAAUAAAAGGACUGUUAUUCCUUAUCUUUGUUGAGAUGGUUUCCCAUCCUUCCUUACUUCAGCAAUGUUAUUAUUCAUGAUGCAGACACAGGGUGAAAUGAUGUCU